AUGGGCUGCGGGCCGUGGGCGCUGCUGGCGCUGCUGUGCGGGGCGGCGGGGGCAGCGGCCCCCCUGCGCUGCAACGUGAGCCUGGACAGCCCGGCCGAGCAGCGCUGGCUGCCCGUGCUGCGGCACUUCGAGCCCGCCUUCCUGCGCGCCGCCUUCCAGCGGAUCAUCGACGAGAGCAUACCCAAAUGGGUUCACCAGGUCAUCCAGCCCAUAGCAGCCGAACUGGAGCUUUUCAUGCCCCAGCCCUUCGCGGGAGAGAUUGCGGGGAUGUGCAAAGCACUGGGAAUCAAUCUCGGAGAUGGAAUCCUGCUGAACUUCGCCUACGAAUCCACUGCGUUCUGUACCAGCAUUGUGGCUCAGGAUGACAAAGGCAACAUUUACCACGGUCGAAACCUGGAUUACGCUUUUGUCGAUAUAUUGAGCAAGAUCACACUGGAUGUGCAGUUUAUCAAGGGUGAGCAGGUCGCAUACCAAGGUACCACAUUUCUUGGUUACGUCGGUUUAUGGACUGGGCAAAGCCCACACAAGUUCACCAUCUCUGGAGAUGAACGAGAUGGUGGUAGAUGGUGGGAAAAUGCUAUAGCUGCUUUCCUCAAUAGGAAUUACCCGGUCAGCUGGCUUGUGAGAGAUACCCUGAGCAAAGCAGAGGACUUCCAGGCUGCUGUUCUCAGACUGGCUGACAUUCCCAUCAUUGCUGAGGUUUACUAUAUUGUGGGAGGUGUCUCACCCAAAGAAGGCAUGGUCAUAACGAGGAAUAGAAGAGGGCCAGCAGAUCUCUGGCCUCUCGAUCCCUUAGGUGGAGCGUGGUUCCGUGUGGAGACAAACUACGAUCACUGGACUACCCCUCCUCCUUUUGAUGAUCGCAGAACUGCUGCCAUCAAAGCUCUCAAUGCUACUGGACAGCACAACAUCAACUUUGAUACACUCUUUAAGGUGUUGUCAGUGAAGCCAGUCUUAAACAAUAACACAGUGUACACUACAGUCAUGAGUGCUGCACUUCCAGAUCGGUACCAGACAUGGAUGAGAGCUGGGGAGUGAAGAGAUGGAAGUGGCAGAGGUUUCAACCUACUGAGUGAGAAGCUGAAGCUGUGCAAGACUAACAUAUGCUUUUAAAAUCACUCCUGGGAGCAGUACAGUGGCUUUGGUUCAUUAAUGAUGUGCACCAUUCAGGAAACAGUGAUUUGUUAACUCUUCAAAGUGUUGCAGGUGAUCCUGUUGAUGACCUGUAAUGGAAGUUUGAAAUUACAAAAUCAAUUGUAAUUUAAUUGAUGCUCUAGUAGAUGUUGAUGGGUAAAAAUGGCUUGUACUAUUUUUGGUAUGAGUUGUGCAACUGUGAUGUACUUCUGUGCUGACUAAUAAACACAUUUUGUAAAUUA